AUGUGGGGCCGUGUGUUUCUGUGCGUAUCUGUCGCCCGUGGUUGGUUGGUCGCUGACCGUUCGCUUGCCGCCUCGUUUUCGGGGGGCUUUCCAGUCCCGUUCGACCCUUCUCUUGCCGCCUACCUGUCGCCGAAGCUUCGGCCUUACUGGGCAUCCAGCAGCACUCAAGGCAGAAGCAGUAGCACCAUGGGGGAGAGAGGCGUGAACGCAGCCGCAGCUGCAAAGCUGGAAGCAUUACGGUUGCUUCUGCAGGAGCACCAGCUCGACGGGCUGAUAGUGGACGACGCAGAUGCACACGGAAGCGAAAUCCCCGCGAGUGCCUUUGCUCGGCGGACUUUUCUGUCCUCUUUCAGCGGCUCUAAUGGCUUGGCCUUGGUGACCCAGGAGGCGGCGCUGCUGUGGACUGACGGGAGGUAUUUCGCUCAGGCAGAGCAGCAGCUGCCUGGAAAUUUGUGGCAACUUAUGAAAUCGGACUUUGCGGACACGCCUAGCCUAUCGCAGUUCCUCAAACAAAAUCCCAAAAUCCGGCGAUUGGGCGUUGACGGCUUUUCGACCUCUUUGGGGCUGCUCAGCCAAAUAAGAGAUGCGGGCUUCAGUCUCGCAAGAGGGGACACUGCGGCUGAACAGGAAACGCAGGACGACGGUGGGCGACAAGUUGUGUCUCUGGAUAGGAACCUCGUAGACGAGAUCUGGGGUCAUGAAAGGCCUUGCCUCCCGAACAGCACGGUGUACGUACACCCCAAGGAGUAUCGGGGCCAGUCCACGGGGAAGAAGGUGGCAAAGGCGCUGGAAGCCAUGGCUAAGGAGGGCGCAGACCUUCUGCUGCUUUCGAGUUUGGACGACGUGGCUUGGCUGACGAACCUGCGGGGAUCGGAUCCUCCAAACAGCCCUGUAUUUUAUUCCUAUGCCCUUUUGGUCAGAGGCCCUUCGGAACCGCCUUCUCGGGGGCCCCAGAGAGACAAUUCCUGGACUUGGCGUUUGUUGUUGUACACGGACACCGGUAGGGUCUCGGCCCCUGCCAAGGAUGAGCUGGAGAAAGAGGGCGUUGUCCUGAGGCCCUAUGGAGAUGUCUCCAGCGACCUGCAGCUCCUGCUCAGCUGGGAGAUGCGUAACCACCUCCAGCAGCAGCAGCAAAAGGAAGACGAAAGGCAGAAGCAGGAAGCGCAAGAACAGCGACAAGCGGGCCUUGUCGCUGCUGUUGACUGCCUGCUUUCUGGCGCUGAUGGUCGCCUGCAGAAGCCAAGCCCCAAGCUAAAGAAGCAGGAAGCCCUGGAGGCACAGCAGGCCGCUUGGCUAGACCCCAAGAUUAACCUGGCCAUACACCGUAUUGUCUCCGAGUCCAGACGCCUCAUUGUUAAGGAUACGCCCGUCGCCGUCGCCAAGGCGUCUAAGGACGAAAUGGAACUCAGAGGAAUGAUGGAGGCUCAUGAGGAGGACGGAGCAGCCCUGGCCACCUUCUUUUGUUGGUUUGAAAAGCAGCUACUCGCCAAUGCCACAGCAGCAGCAUACGAACAGCAGCAGCCGCCACAUGGCGAGGAGGAAUGCACCCUGACUGAGUUUACCCUCAAAGAGGCUGUAGACGCAGCAAGAGAAGCCACAUGCUCAUUGUUUCGGGGCACCUCGUUCACAUCAAUCUCCUGCUUCGGCUCCAACUGCGCCUUGGCGCACUACAGGCCGGAUCCGAAGACGAGUCUGCAGCUGAAAGCUUCACUGUCAGAGCCAGGAGGUGCGCUGCGUGUGACAGUCAGGGGCCCUGGUGGAAAGCCUCCGGCACAAGAGGAGGCCCCAAUGUUUCUGCUAGACUCCGGGGGGCAGUACCUGACGGGGACCACGGAUGUGACUCGCACGUUGCAUUUGGGUGAGCCCACCGAGGAGCAAAAGGAGGCAUACACCCUUGUGCUGAAGGGAAUGAUUGGGCUGAGCGCGCAGAAGUUUCCCGAGGGGUCCAGGGGACCGCAGAUCGAUGCACUGGCGCGGCAGCACCUUUGGAACAAAGGCCUAGACUACCUUCACGGGACAGGCCACGGAGUUGGACACUUCUUGAAUGUGCAUGAGGGCCCUAUCGGCAUAUCUCCCCGUUUGACGGGGGUGGCGUCCUUGCACGCAGUGCGGCCUGGUGCCGUUCUUUCUAUAGAACCAGGGUUUUAUAAGGAUGGGGCCUUCGGGAUUCGCAUCGAGAACCUCGCAGCGGUGAAACCGAGCAGCCUAAGUUAUCGAGGCCGUCGGUUUUUACAAUUUGAGUCUCUUACCCUGGUCCCUAUUCAGGCCAGACUCAUAGACCCCUCGCUUCUCACCCCUCAGGAGACAGCUUGGCUUGACUCUUACCACAGAGAUGUGUUUGCGCGCAUCUCAUCUCGGCUGGCUUCUAAGGGAAAGAAGGACGCGUUCUGCCCACCUUUGCCAAACGCGGUUUCUGUCAACAACGAGGAGGUCCUCACCUGGCUUAGGAGAAACACCCAGCCCCUGCAGCAACUACUGCAGCAGGAGUUGCCCUAG